AUGGACAACAGCAUGCCUGUAGUCAGUAAGAUGUAUUGCUCAAGCACUCCAGCGGCGCUGAUGAUCAGGAGAAGACCCAUGGUAGUGAAUGGCGGUGGUUUUGUUGUUACUGACUUUAGUCAUAAUGUUGUUUUCAUUGUGGAUGGUUGUGGUAUACUUGGAUCUAAGGGGGAGCUCAUGGUGAAAGACAGUGAUGGAGAACAGAUACUAUUCAUUUCUAGAAAGGGAGGAAUUGUACAGGCUCUAAGCACGCGGAACAAAUGGAAUGGGUACUCAAUGGAUUACCAAGGGAAAAACAAGUUGGUCUUUAGCCUAACUGAUCCCAAAUCAUGCAUAGCAAAAGGUGCACCGGUUAGAAUUCACAUUGAACCAAAGAGGCACUGCAAUAAUUGGGAUUUCGAGAUCUGUGGAUCUUUUGCAGAUAGGAACUGCACAAUAAUUGAUUGCACUGGAAAAAUAGUGGCGCAGAUGGGGAAGAAAGAGCUGAUAGAAAGUAAUGACUUCUACCACGUGACAGUGCAGUCAGGAUGUGACCAGGCUUUUAUCAUUGGGGUGAUGGCAGUUCUUGACAACAUCCAUGGAGAAUCCACCAGAUGUUAA